GACGGAGCACUCGUGUAGAGACGAGCAACAUAGUGUGGUCUAUAUGUUUGUGGUCAUUCCUGCAUUUAUAGCUUUCUACUUAUUUGUUUAUCGCACGACUAACUCCAUUUUGUAAAUUUUUUCGUGUCAGGAUAAACUCGCCUCGGUGAACUGAAGCUUUUCAGGCUAGCUUAGCUCACUAGUUAGCUUAGCUCGCUAGUUAGCUUAGCGUGCUAGCCGCGGAAGUUGUCAACACAUCGCUAAUCAGAGAAAAUGUGUAAUGUACAAAUGUUGAGAGUGUUGGUGAAUCAGCGACUAAAUGAGGCUGUGGAAGAAAUAUUUGUAGUGUUGGAAAGAACGAUAGCAGAGUACGAAGAUGAACUUUCCCGAACAAAAGAGGAGAAGGAGCGACAACGUCAACUACUGGACGCUGUUUUCAAGAAGCUGCCGAGAACAGACGGCUUUGAAGGAAAUCUUCCUGAGCAGCAGGAGUGGUCUACCAGGAUGGAGCAGGAAGAGGCACAGCCAGCGCAAACUAAGGGGGAUGAGGAGUACCCACAACCCCCUUACCUUAAAGAGGACAUUAAGGAGCCACAGCUCAUUCACAUUGAAGAGGAAGAUGAGGAGCCACUGCCCCAGCAUAUUAAGGAGGAAGGGGAGGAGCCACAGCACCCUCACAUUAAAGAGAAGGAAGAUGAGGUGCCAGAUUCCCCCAUGUCAAAGAGAAAAAGUCACAGCCCAUCUACCUUAAGAAUUAAGAGGAUGAGCCACAAACCCCCUCAAAAUAAAGAAGAGGAGGAACACAGCAUCAGUCAAGACGGAGAGCAUCUUAAAGGACUGGAGGAGGUUGAUGUCACCAAGAUGCCAUUGACCGUUGUCAUUGUGAAGAGUGAAGAUGAUGAGGGUGAAGGUGAGGAGAAGGGAGAGGUGGAGCCUCCAACUCCACACAUGACAACAGAAGCUGAUGGAGACCACUGUGGAGGAUCACAAGCAGACAAGCUCUUCGCUCCACUAUCAGAUAGUGACGACAUAACGUCACACUCUCCUGACACUGAUGAUGAAGACUCUAAAGCUGACAUGACACGUCACACUGACAACAAACACUUGAAAUGCUCUUGCUGUGACAAAACCUUUAAAUACCCAUGUCAUCUGAAAACACACAUGAGAACGCACACUGGAGAAAAACCAUUCCUGUGCUCAGUUUGCAGCAAAAGCUUCGCACGAAAGCAACUUUUGAAAUUACACAUGAGACUGCACACUGGUGAAAAAACCUUAUUGUGCUCAGUUUGUAGUAAAAGAUUCCCUACAAAGCAAAGUUUGAGAUUACACAUGAGAAUGCACACUGGAGAAAAACCAUUCGUGUGUUCAGUUUGUAAUAAGAGAUUCACUCAGAAAGGAAAUUUGAUGAGACACGAGAAUACACAUCGCAGAGAAAGUGUUGAGUUGCAGUGUGUGUGAUGAAAGAUUCUCAUAUACCAUCUGGUCAAAAGUUUACAUACACUUGUAAAGAACAUAAUGUCAUUGCUGUCUUCAGUUUCCAAAAACAAUUAUCUCAGUUUUAUCUUCAUUUAGUUGUAGGAAAUGUUGGCACAUCCAGUGUUUGACUUGCUCAAUGCACUGGCAUAGAAGAUCUAUGGGUUUAAGUCAGGACUUUGGGAAGGCCAUUCUAAAAUAUCCAUUCUAGCCUGAUUUAGCCAUUCCUUUACCAUGUUUGACGUGUUUUUGGGGUCAUUGUCCUGUUGGAACACCCAACUGCGCCCAAGACCCGGCCUCCGGGCUGAUGAUUUUAGGUUGUCCUGAAGUAUUUGGAGGUAAUCCUCCUUUUUCAUUGUCCCAUUUACUCUCUGUAAAGCACCAGUUC